AUGACUCUAGUUCCCACCCUUUUAAAAGCUAUAAAAGAUGAAUUUGCCCAGCUCAAGGCGACAGGCCAAAUAAAUCAGAAUGAUCUGCUUGCGACUGAAACGGACGUCCUUCCUCCCAGUUGGGAUGACCAGCUGAGCCGCCUCAUGUGCUGGCAGAGGUUCAGGCUGCAAUCCCCCUUGAAAGGGUCUAUUCAGCAUCGCCGUAUGCUACUCUUGCUGUCCCAUGAGAUCCUGUGUUUCGACUCGGCCUUCCAGCACGGGUUAGCAGCAAUUUGCCCCUUUCAACGGCCGAUAGCUCACAUGUUGUCGCAUCUUCACCUUAAACGACCAAAUGAAUGCGUCCUAUCUGCCAUGGCCUUGACACCUUUCUUGCAUCAACUCAAUCCCAAAGCUCUGCAUUCCUAUGAACUAACCAACCCUCUUUUUGUCCUGCAAACAUCCGUUGCAGAUAAGAUGUAA